GGAAAUUUCAUGAGAAAAGUGAGGCUAUUUGAGCAAGAGGAAAAUAAGGAUUAGUACGUAUUUAUAUGAGCAAACUCCGCCGCUCCACGCCAGUUAUCUUCUCACCGGAACAGCAUCCUUCUUGAUCCAGCUGCUGUAAUUCAUGACCCAUAACCCUCCGAGGAGGUGGGCGUUUGGAAGCGCGGCGUCUGCAGCAUAAUUGAAACAUGGCGGACUCAGAGGAAUUUAGACUUAAACGUUUAAAGCACGAGGAGCACAUGUCCAGAGUAUUCGAUGAAGUGAUGGGGCUGGGGGACUUUGCUGACUCCUCCAGGGGCUCCGUUGCCUCCUCAAAGAGCGGUGGUCAGAAUGACGCAAAGGGAUUAGAUGAAACUUCAGCACAAGGUGAAAACCAACCAGUAGAAGAAGAUAGCAACUGCAGCAGAAGAGAAGAAAAGGUGGAUGAGGGUGUGGGAGAGUCAAGCGUCGCUCCCCUUUCUUCUUCAUCCUCUAAGCAACACUCUGGGUUUAAUUUGGGAGCCAGUCAAGGAGGUGGUGGAGGAAGUGGAGGGGCAGCGUUUGAUGAUGCACUAGAUGGUCUUCCUUCAUAUGGACAGGAAGAGGAUGAUGAAGACUGGCACUUUGCCCUGCCAAUGGGCUCUCUGGAGGAUGUUGAUGUUGGUAAGGCCCAUGCUAAAAUAAGCCAACUUGGACAGGAGAACAAUGCAUCCCGAGGUGAUCCCUUUGCUCGCAAGCCUGGAGAAGAGGAGGAGGAAGAGCAAGACAAGGAAGGGAGUGGCGGGUCUGCCAAUACCUCCCAUUCCUCACAGGAUAAUACACCUGAUGACAGCAGAGACGAUGGUGUCCUGAACCAGACAGAAGAGACUGAAGACAGUCAACAAGGAGAAGCAUCAGAGACUGCUCCAAUUGAGGACAGUAGUCCCCCAACGCCUCCUGCUGUCAAUAUCAAAGACGAGCCCAUUGAUGAAGGCUAUGAUGCCGCUUUGCUUCCUCAGAGCUCCAUCAGGCAGAUCAAAGAGGAGCUGGAGCAACAGGAGGAAGAGCUAAGGAUCAGCUCUGUUUACUCUGUAGGAGGAGGGAACACCUUCACGUCUCCUUCCCUGCCCCCAGCUAUUCCAGCGCCAACUCCGACUGCCAUUUUUUUCCCUGGCAGAGGGACUGUCCUGCAGGCCAUGGCUUCUCUUCCUCUCAGACCCCCAGCUCCACUCCCACCUUCAAUCCCUGUUCUGUCAACAAUACCACAACGUCCACCACAACCCCCAGUUCCUGGUAGUGUUCGCUGCAGUGGUUGCUCUAAGGUUCUACUGAAAGGCCAAACAGCUUUCCAAAGAAAAGGGUCAACGCAGCUUUUCUGCUCCACAGUCUGUCUGACAGGCCACCUUCCUCCAGCCACCAAGAACCGAGCCUGUUUCCAGUGCAACAGGGAAAUCAUGCAGCCCCGAGAUAUGGUCACAAUCCCUGCAGAUGACAACACCAUCAUGCACUUUUGUGGACAGUUCUGUCUGUCCGUCUUCAGACACAAGAGGAAAGUUGAAAAGGUUCCUGAUAAAAGACUGGAAAGGAAGCCAGAGAAACCACCGGAGAAACCGGUGGAGCGUCAGCCUGAUAAGCCCGUUUGUAGUGUCUGCAAAGUCACAAACAAGCAGAUUGAGCAUGAGGUCAACCACCAGGGCCGCUUGCAUAAACUCUGUAGUGAUGCUUGUUUUGUAACCUGGCGCAAGCUACGUCAGCUAGCUAUGAACUGCUGUGAAGGCUGCGGACUUUACUGUAAUAGCAACUCAGGUUCCUGUCAGACACUCUCAGUUGACAGAUCUCAGCUCAACUUUUGUAGUCCUACCUGUGUUGCCACCUACAAACAGACCUGCAGAAAAACGACUGAAUGUGCCAACUGUCGCAAGAUAUCAUUAGUAUCUUCCACUAUCAUGGAACGAGACCAGAGGGGGAAAGUUCAGCUUUACUGUUCAUCUACUUGUGUGGAACUGAGUCGGCCACCUCAGCAUAAUCUCACUGGUACACCAUUCCCCUGUUCCCUGUGCAAAGUUACAGCUGUUCCUCAGUAUCAUCUGGCUAUGGUUGACGGCACCAUACGAAACUUCUGCUCCUACGCUUGUGUCACUACUUACAGGAAGUCUGAUCACCCCUCUCAGCCAGAGCUGACCAAUGGAAACUCCUCUCUCAGGGACCCCUCCAGCAGAGAUGCUCCAAAGCCGGGGCCCUCUGCUGGAGCCAGCUCAGUCCCUCCCAUUCCUCAGGAUUACCCAUCUUCAGUGCCGUACCAAGGGCAUCAUCCCAGUCAUACCUCAGUGCCCCCACUAGUGCCUCCCCACUCAGCCAUGUCCUCCCCUGCUGUGCCAGGACAAGCCCAAGCUACAUCAACCCCAGAUCAGCCCCUGAAACCAGCAGAUGCUGGGCCCAGUGACACUCCCAAGCUGAUCUGCCAUCAGUGCUGCAAACAGUUCAGCACUAAGCCGCUGCUAUUCAGUCACCAGGGCCGCAUUUCUAUGUUCUGCACUAAGAUGUGUUCUGAACAGUAUAAAAAGCAGAAAAACAUUCUUGCAUUAUGUGAAUACUGUAAGCAAGAGAAGCUACAUUAUGAAACUAUCAACUACAACCAACAGGACCUGCUCUUCUGUAGUGAAAACUGUAAGACGCUUUUCAUACACGACAUGACUUCACGUAACAAAGACCACUGCUGGCUUCCCUGCACCUACUGCUCUGGCUUAGCUUCGAAGAUGCUGUGUAGCCACUAUGGAGGCAAAAUUGAGGAGUUCUGUAAACCUCACUGCAUGUCCCAGUACACAGUGCUCUACUACGGGAUGAGUCGGUGUGACAGCUGUAGGAAACAGGGCUACAUGAAUGAGAAGUUGCAGUGUUUGGGUUCAGUUCGUAACUUCUGUAAUAUACCCUGCCUGCUGCAAUAUUGCUCCCUUCAUUUUGAGAUGAGCCAAAACACCAGCAAUGGUACUGGCACUGCUCCACAAGCACCAUGUGCUCCAACACAACCCCACCACUCCUCAAAGAUGAAUCCUGUCAUAGCUGACGUCGUCUCGCUCGCUAACGGUUCGGCCACUCAGCCCAGUGUUUCAGCGGACUCUACUCUAACUGGAGCGCUCCCGACUUCCAAUGUAGACGGCAAGAACCUCGACCAUGCCAGUACUCAGACCGAUGCCAUGCGGGUACCUGGACCCCGUCGCCGUCAGAUGAAGAACAAGUCAGUUCUGUGUCGACCCUUCACAAUGGACCAAGAAAGCUGGUGCCAGCUGCCCACACCUUCCACUGAAUCUGGAGCAGGAGAAGAGAAGGUUAAAGUGUUGAUGGUUCCAGUCCCAGUACCAGUUUUCAUUCCAGUGCCUAUGAACAUGUACUCCCAGCACACGCCUGUCCCAGUGGUGGUACCUAUGCCUGUUCCGGUACCUGUUGUAGUUCCACCACAGGAAAAAGUCAUGAAAGAUGCUGCUGCUCAGUCAGAGACAUUUGCUACAGAAGAAGAAAAACAGAGACAUGACUCUGUUUCCACUACAGACCAGAGCAGCUCUUCAUAUACUCGGGAGAUGAAGUCUGAGAUGGUCGCUUUCACAAUCCGUGAGGAUGACAAAGCUCACAAAGCAGUCCAGACUGAACUGCUGCUUACUGUAUGUUCAGAAAGCACCACAGAGUCAGCUGAUCCUCAGCUUGAUAACCAGCCAGAAACAAGUAAAACAGUGAGCGACUUUCCUGCCACCAGCUCAAAAGAUCAGCCUCCCUCCUCACCGAUGAUGGACCUGGAAACUGACUUUCCAUCUGAAUCAUUGUAUCAGAAGACGUCUGUUCCACAACGAGGAGUGAAAAGACCCAGAGAGGGUUCCACCAGCAGGAAACGGGGUCGCAGGCGAAUCGCUUUAAUAGAACGGACUCCGGUAGUGCCUCCAGCCACCUCCACAUUGAACCACAUGUAUGGCGUCAAAGCCUGGAGGAGCUGGGUCCAACAGCGCAACAAGCAACCACAACAGUUGAGUCAAGUGGAUAUUAAAGAAGACAUCCUGCAGUGCAAUUCGGCAGAGCUGAGCUUUGCUCUGUCUCACUUCAUCAGAGAAGUACGACGCCCGAACGGAGAGACUUACAGCCCAGACAGCAUCUUCUACCUCUGUCUCGGGAUACAGCAGUAUCUUUUCAUGAUGGGCCGGAUAGAGAACAUCUUCACUGACGAGCUGCACAGCCAGUUUGCCAGAGAAAUCAGUGGGAUGCUUCGUCUCUGGAAACCUAAGCUUCUAGCAAGUGGUUGCGUUGCUCUCUCCCGAGUUGAGGAGUCCUACCUGUGGGAGUGCAAGCAGCUGGGUGCGUAUUCUCCCAUCGUGUUGCUCAACACGCUGCUCUUCUUCUGCACCAAAAACUUCCACUUAAAUACCUUGGCACAACACCAGCACCUGUCUUUCUCCAACUUCACUCGGCACUCCAAACCCUGCAGUCGAGCAGGAAAAGUCUGUUACCUUCAUUACCAGAGAAGCACCACCACCACAUCCGGCUGUGAACAGACAGAGCGAUUCAGAACACAGCAGGUUGAGAAUGAGGGAGCCCUAGAGAUGUUAGAAAACGUAACCAACCCUCUGCACUGUCCGGUCAGACUCUAUGAGUUCUACCUCUCUAGAUGCCCAGAAUCUGUGAAAAACCGAACCGAUUUGUUUUACCUCCAACCUGAACAGAAUGUCGAUACACACAGUUCCCUCUGGUACACUUCUCAACCACUGGACGCUACUACCCUACAGAGCAUGCUCACACGCAUCUUGGCUGUCAAAGAGCUUCAGCAGGAACAAGAAGUGCUCAAGAAGUGCUCAGUCUCUACUGAGGGUGAUGCUAAAUAAUGCUGAUCGUACAGGAAGCUCCCCUAAAGCCAAACAUUUCAUACAUUCGUCAUGUCAGAUUGAUAUGAAAAGGGGAGAUGGAUGAAAGAUAGACCAGUGACAGAGCGGCAACUAUUACUCCAGCAUCCAUCCCAUCCUCAGAAAUUCACAAUAACACGUCUGUUAUUCAAAAAGAAAAAAACAUUUCUUAUUACGUUCUACCAGUAAGAUGUUUUUAAGUUCACAUUUUCUUACACUGUGCAGCAAACAAAGGUUUAUUAAGGUAUGAAAAUGGGGUCACCCCUUUUUGUUUCAGCACUUUUUUCUGGAGAAUAUUGGCUUGUAUAAUUUUUUAUAGCUCACAGGAUGGAAGCUGACUUCAGGAAACGAACGAUCAUCCAGAAAACUAAAUAUACCAUCUUUGACUUUUUUUAAUUAGUUCACAUAAAUUGAUCCAUUCCUGUCUUGAUUCAGUAUAUAAAGAGAUAUAAAAAUCUCACACAAAUGAAACCACAUACAAUCAGUUUAGUGUUUGAAAGUUCAACUUUUAGUAUGCUCUUCACAUCAAAUAUGUUCAGAUGUGUCUGAAACUGACUGGAUGGUAGUUGAUUAAAAAUCAAAUUAGAGAUGUACACUCAAAUGAAAUCUUAAGACCAAAAAGUACAAGUAUUCACAUUUUGUGCUGGUGAAUCAUAACCAGGUUAAAGUAGAGCUUUAAAGUGAGAAAAGAAAUGGAAGCAAGAAACAAAAGUUAGAGAAGCCAAUUUAUUUAAAAGAAAAAAUGGAUUUUCUAGUCAUUUAGUAGAAGCUGUUCUCCAAAGCGACUUAAUCUGAAAGUAAGAAAUCAGCUGAUCAAAAGUCGAAGAUCAACACUGUAAAAAGUCUAAAUCUGCACAAACAUCUGGCUUUUAUGACAUUUUCUUUCAAGCAAUCACAAGGUGCAUCACUUCCAAGUUUGGACAGAGCAAAACAGUCAUUUUAAAUUUCUUUAAAGAUCCUGAUGGUUAUAGAACAAAAAGUCUCCAACGUCCGUCUUUUGGAGCAGCUUGUGUGUGAAUGGCAAGAGAAGUUUCCAUGGACAUGAGUUUCAGACGGUGGAUGCCCCAAGUGGAGCACCUUCACCACAUGGAGCAACAUUCUCACCCAACAUUCGUAUUGAACGCACCUGAACCGAUUUUCAGAGUGAGCAGCAACAAUAAUGGAGCUACUCGCAUUAGUGCUUUUUUGACGUUUAUAGUUCUUUUUUGAUUAGUUUUUUUUUUACGAUGAUCUUAAACUUUUCAUCAGCUGAUAAAAGUUUGAGUUUAAAUGCAGUUUUCAUUAAAUUGAUUACUCUAUUUUUCAUCUCUUUCUCCUGUUUCACCUUCAAGGAUUUUAAAGCUCUACUUGCAGCUUGAAAUAGGAUAACUUGUACUUUUUCCCUUGAUCUUAAAGAGUUUUUUCAGGAGUGUAACACCUCUUGGAUUUAUAGGAAAAACUCUCAGUGCCUCUCAGUUCUUAUUAUAUUUAGUAACAGUAACACUGUUCCUUCUGUAAUGGUUAUUCCAUGUGGCCUUUUUAGUUUAGAAGCAUAUUUUUCUUUCGUUCUUUAUAUCCACAUCAGUAGAGUUGCGGUAUAUAUUAAAUGCUAACCCCUGGGGUUGCAUUGUAUUGGAAUAUUUUAAAAUACAGCUCAAACAUGACUAAAAGGGUUACAGCUUUUAUUUCCUCUGCUCCAUACAUAAUUAACCUGUGGGUACCCCUACUGGUGCCAUUAUCUUCUCCUUUAAGGCGAUGGCCCUGUAUCAUUUUGUUGUUUUACUUCCUUUCACUGGAGUUAGAAUUUUAGUAAGCUAUAGAGAAAUUAUAAAUACUUCUAUUGCGUAUGCAAUAUGUAUGGUUCUUUAAAUGAGGCUUUUCUCAGCCAUACAAACAUCUGGAGUCAUUCCUGGUACCUUCAUGAGUAGAUGGGAGUUCUUACAGGUAAUUUAACAAAAAAAAAUAUUAAUCUAAAUUAGUUGUCAGGGAGUGGAUGCAUCUGAUUUGAUGAUUACUUGAAUCUGUUUGAUCAUUUUAGCCACGUUUUGUCUCAGACCAAUAUAAAACCUUUCUUACCUUAAGUUACACAAGGCCAAUUCAUGUUGCCGAAUCUCUUUAAGCAUAAUAAAAUAUUUUGUCACCACUGUAAAUGAAAUGUUAUUGCUGCUGUCUGAAAUUCUUUCCUGAUGGUCUUUCACUAAGACCAGGCCCAAAGAUGAUGGGAUGUCUUCUGUUAUGUGGAAAACCUGCUGUGUUGCCAUUGAGUAUUAAAAAGAAAGUUCAUCUUAUUUCUUCGGUUGUGGGACAAAUGACUUGUGACAGAAGUGUGAUGGAAUUGAAAUGUAGUGUUGAGUGUAAUCAGUUUGAAAUGGUUAAUUAAAAAAGAGAAAAAAUAUGUUUUGGAGUCUAAGAUUUAAAAUGAGAUUUUUUUCAUAUUUGUGUACUUCCAACAUCUGUGAUUGCAUUUUUAUUUGUAUUAAGUAUUUUCACCUUUAAUAUUCAUGCCAGUAGCUUAAAUAUCAGUUUAAGCCCUUUUAUCUUGUUUGGGAGUUUUAUAUCAACUCUAAAAGGGACUAAAUCAUGUAGAACAAACACCUAAAAUAUGACAAAGAAAAAUGUUGUCAUUGGCACAAUCAACAUGUUGCCCUGUUACAAUUGUGAAGUCUACGUGGUGAGCCUUAUUACACCAUUAAACUGUAAUGUUCUUUAAUAUCUGUAAACUCAUCUUUCCAACUUAAAACAAAACCUGACAUAUUAGUCACUAGUUGACGAAAAUGCAGCAAUACCUGGUUUCCUUUUGAUUUCUCUACAGAUUGAAGCUGACCUCAAGGUAAUUUACAUUUAAUCAAAAUCAGGCAUUAUAUUACUGCAAUUCACAGGUUAAACAAACACUUGUAAAUGAGAAAGCCACGAAGACAAAAUCAGUAGUCCACAUUUUAGCACCAAGUCAAAAAAGCUUUAUUAAAAUCCAACUACACUUCAAAAACCCAGAACAAGCACUUUGAGAACAGCAACUGACUCCCAACAC